AUUGCAGAUCUAGCAGGACCCGAGGCGAAUCAGCUUAUUCUUCGUUCGUGUCUGGACGUUCUCUUUAGCGACGACCUAGGUGGUGAUCAAAGCGUGGAAUUGAAGCAUCACCUGCUAGCAUCCACAUUAGAGUGCCUUUCUCGUAGAUCCGAUUUUCCGACAACCGUAGCUCGAGCGCUAGGGCAUUUCUCGGAACCUUACAAGGGUUUCCUGAAGAUUUCUUUAGCGAUUAUUAGUCUUCCUGUUGCUGUUCAGCUCCGCUCAGGCGUUGGUCUUGCUGACGUCGGUUCUCCGUUCUGGAAGGAGGAAGCUCUUGACCUAAUUGACUGCGUGAUUGGCGGAUUGCCUGAAGCCGAAGUUUCCGCUCUACCAGGCGAUUUGUUCUGGAGCGUCUUUCUGACGUGUUCGUCUUAUCCGAAGCUCAAGGAGCACUCCCUCAUCUUGGAGGAAUCGCUCUGCUGGCGUCUUACCAGGGAUCCGUUCCCGAUUUACCUCCUUCCGUUCCUAGAAAAGAGCGGUCCGCUCGGGAAAGAUUUCGUUGCCCUGCCUCGGGAUUGGUCCGCCUUCGUCAAUUCCAUCAUGUCCUCAUCUUCCGCGUCCACUUCCGCCUCGAAUUCCAAGGUGAAGGACAUGGCGACGGCGAUGGAGGAGCUAGGGUUUGGCUGCACGGACACGGUGGAGCACUGCAAGGCCGUGCUCAAGGAGCACAGCGCCGGCACCAGCAUCAGCGAGGCGGACGUCGCGCGGGUCAUGGGAGUGGUGGCGAAGGGUUCCGUGGAAACUCGUGGCGGGGGUGGCGGCGCUGGGCCACUCACGUUCUGGAACGUGGACGUGCUAGUUGAAGCCAUCGUUCAGCUGGCGCCGAGGCUGAGCUGGUCGUCGGUGAUCAACCAUCUGGACUACCCGGGGUUCUUUGUCAAGGAUCAGAAGGGCUUCAGCGCGCUCGUACUCAUGCACUCCAAAGCUACCAAGGAGCUUUUCCCCCUGCCCUCCAUAUGCGGCAAGCUGUGGGCGAACGCGGAGGGGCAGCUCUCCUUCCUGCGCCACGCGGUCUCCGCGCCCCCCGAAGUCUUCACCUUCGCGCACUCUCCCCGCCAAACCCCCCCCAUGGACAACCUCCACGGGCACAAGCUCCCCACGGGCACCCCCAACUGCGCCUGGGUCUCCCUAAACCUUCUAGAAGCCCUCUGUAGGAUCGGCGAGACUGGGAGGAAGGCAGAGGUGCUGGAAGUGCUGGGAUACCCGAUAAAGCACUGUCCAGAGGUGCUUGUAGUGGGUCUCGGGCAGGUGAAGACCCCCGGAGGGGGGGUGAUUCAGAGGGAAGUGCUGGGGGCGCUGGUGCCGCUGUAUUUGGCGAAUAAUCCGAACUCGAGUAUUGUGCUGCAUGCGCUGUGGGGCGUGCCCGGGGGAAAGGACGUGGUGAUGCAGGCGAUGGUGGGCGUGCACGCCAGCGACCCCACCAGCAUUGCUCGCCUCCUCGACGUGUGCCAGGAUCUCAAGGUUCUCUCGGUGGUGCUGGAGAGCACGCCCUUCUCUUUCUCCCUGGACCUCGCUUCUCUCGCCUCUCGCCGCGAGUACCUCAACCUCGAGAAGUGGCUGCAGGAGGCGCUCACUCUGCACCGCGACUCCCUCUUCAAGGCGUGUCUGCAGUUCCUGAGGGCCAAGCUGGUGCAGGACAGCCAGGAUGCCAGCGCACAGAGAAUCAACCUGUCACUGGAAACGCUCGCCAUUUUCUUCAAGGUCCUCCAAGCCAACACACCGCAGCUGCAGGCGCCUGAGCUGGGCGACGACCUUAAAGCCCUGUACGCGUCCGCGCUGCAGCUGCACCCGGCGCUGCAGACCGUGGCAGUGCCUGAGCAGGCCCCUGCAGACGUCUUUGCGAGUGACAUAGAGGAGGAGGCAAACGCGUAUUUCCAGAAGAUAUACGUGGGGCAGCUGAGCAUUGACGAGGUGGUGGAUAUGCUGAAACGGUUCAACGGCUCCUCCGUGCAAAGGGAGCAAGACGUGUUUGCGUGCAUGAUUCAGAGCCUAUUUGACGAGUACCGCUUCUUCCCGCGCUACCCUGACAAGGAGCUCCGCAUCACUGCUGUCCUCUUCGGCUCCCUGGUAAAGCAUCAGCUAGUAUCAUCGAUUACCCUCGGCAUAGCCCUGCGCUGCGUGCUAGAUGCUCUCAAGAAGCCGCCCGACUCCAAGAUGUUCUCCUUUGGCGUCACCGCGCUCGAGCAGUUCCACCAGCGCCUGCCCGAGUGGCCGCCCUACUGCACGCACAUCCUGCACAUUCCGCACCUGCAGGACGUGCACCCGCGCCUGUACGCGUUAGUGCAGGCUGCAGCAGCGGCGCCGGCGAGUAAGGGCGUGGCUGGGGAAGGUUUAUCCGGUGCAGGCUCUGCUGCUGCUGCUGCUGGUGGUGCUGCUUCUGGUGGUGGUGGUGCUGCUGGUGGCGGUGGCGGUGCUGCUGGUGUUGGUGGAGGGGGAGGGAAGGCUGGGGCAGGAGGGAAUGGGGAGGGUGGGGUGGUGGCAGGGGCAGGGACAGGGGUUGGCGGUCCUGGUGCUGUUGGUGGUACUGCCGCCGCUGGUGUUGCAGCUGCUGUUGGCGGUGUUUCCACUGGUGGUGCUGGUGGGGGGGCUGGUGGGGGAGGAGGGGGAGUGGAUGGUGGAGGUGCCAUUGGUGCUGGCGACAAGGGGAAGGGCGCUUCUGGUGGCGGUGAUACUGGGGGGGUGGGGGCUCAGGACAAGGCAGGGAAGACAGCAGAUGGUGUUGCAGGAAAUGGAGCAACGGAGGUGAAGGAUGGGGCUGGAGGGGGAACGCAGGGGCAGGCACAGGGGCAAGGGCAAGGGAAAGCAGAGCAGAGGAAGGCGGAGGCGGAGGACAGACAUGGGGAGAAACAGGGGGAGAAGCAGGAUGGGGCAGUGGUAGGGAAGGCAGAGGCGGGUAGUGCAGGGCUAGCGGCUGUGCAGAGCCCGGCUAAGGAUUCCAUUCUAUUCAAGCCUGCAGGAGCCGCCUUGGCACCAGUGGGGGGGUCCGGAGGCUCACAGAAGCUGGAUGCUCUGCGCCCCCGAGGGGGGUCAGGCUCGGGUGUGUCGACGAGAGCGCCUGCUGCUGGGUUUGGGCAUGCGCUCAACAUUGAGACGCUCAUGGCUGCAGCAGAGAAGCGCGAGAGCCCCAUCGAGAUGCCCUCGUCAGACGCACAGGACAAGGUGGCGUUCAUAAUCAACAACAUAGCAGCGGCGAAUCUGGACCAGAAGUCGAAGGAGAUACUGGAGGUGCUCAAGGAGCCCUUCUUCCCCUGGUUCGCUCAGUACCUCGUCAUGAAGAGAGCGAGCAUAGAGCCCAACUUCCACGAGCUCUACCUCAAGUUUGUCGACAAGAUGGCGGCCAAGUCGCUCCAGAAGGAAGUGGUCAAGGCGACGUACGAGAACUGCAAAGUUCUGCUGCGGUCGGAGCUGAUCCGGUCCAGCAGUGAGGAGCGGUCGCUGCUCAAGAACAUCGGCAGCUGGCUGGGCCGACUCACCAUUGGCCGGAACCAGCCGCUGCGAGCCAAUCAAAUUAACCCUAAGAAUCUAAUCAUCGAGGCAUACGAGAAGGGCCUUAUGAUCGCCAUCAUUCCCUUCACUUCCAAGAUUCUCGAACCCUGUGCGAAUAGCGUGAUCUACCAGCCGCCCAACCCCUGGACCGUGGGCAUCCUGGGUCUGCUGGUGGAGAUUUACAGCCUCCCCAACCUCAAGCUCAAUCUCAAAUUCGACAUCGAGGGUCCACAGCCCCUCUACAGCCUCCCCAACCUCAAGCUCAAUCUCAAGUUCGACGUCGAGCCCCUCUACCUCUACAGCCUCCCUAACCUCAAGCUCAAUCUCAAGUUUGACAUUGAGUCAUCUGUAUUGUUGCCCAACCUGGCGUCCUACAUCGUCAUCAGCCCCAAGCUCGCUCCAGUGGCACAACAGCUACAGCUGGCAAGGAUCGUGCCCGCGUGCAUGGACCGUGCAGUGAGGGAGAUUGUGUCGCCAGUGGUGGAGAGGAGCUGCAGCAUUGCAUGCAUGACCACUCGCGAGUUGGUGCUCAAGGACUUUGCAAUGGAGGCGGACGACAGCCGCACACAGAAGGCAGCUAACCUCAUGGUGGCGAGCCUGGCAGGCAGUCUGGCGCUCGUCACGUGCAAGGAGCCCCUGCGUGUGGCGAUGGCAAAUCACCUGAGAACACUGCUGCAGGCAGCGCUGGCAGGGGCGGAGUUGGAGCAGGUGGCUCAGCUGCUGGUCAGCGACAACCUCGACCUGGGGUGUGCUGUUAUUGAGAAGGCCGCAAGUGAGAAGGCUGUGCGCGAUUUAGAGGAGGUGCUGGGGCCAGCACUAGCCAUGCGGCGCAAGCAGCGGGAAGCCCUCGGCGCGGCCUACUAUGAUGCAUCCAUCUACUCCCAGGGCUCCCUUGCCCGCAUCCCAGAGGCGCUCAGGCCCAAACCCGGGCGGCUCACGCUGGUCCAGCAGAGAAUCUACGAGGAUUUUGCGCAUCUGCCCUGGCAGGGGCAGGUGCCGCAGGCUGGAGCGGCUGCUGCUUCUGCUGCUGCUGCUGCUGUGCUGGGUGGGGUUGGAGGGGGGGGGCAGGGCGGGCAGCAGAUGGGGCAGGGCGGGCAGGGGCAGAUGGUUAUUGGGCAGGGGCAAGGGCAGGGGCCGCAGCAGGUGGGGCAGCAGGUGGGGCAGCAGCAGGGUGGAGUGGUUGGUGGUGGGGCUGCUGGUGGGGGCAUGGGAGGGAUGCUUUCGGGGCUGCCUGGAUCGUCCAUGUCUCCUGUCCCGUAUGGUGCCUCUCAACAACAGCAGCAACAGCAGCAGCAGCAGCUGCUAACGGUUCAGGAUCAGCAGGUGCAAGCACAGGCUCAGGCACAGGCGCAGGCACAGGCACAGGCACAGGCGCAGCAGCAGCAGCAGCAGCAGCAGCAGCAGCAGCAGCAGCAGCAGCAGCAGCAGCAGCAGCAGCAGCAGCAGCAGCAGCAGCAGCAGCAGCAGCAGCAGCAGGCGGGGAUGGGUUUCCAAGGGGCACCUGGAGCAGCAGGAGCAGCAGCAGGAGGAGCGGCUCAGCUGAUCAAUGCCAAUUCCGCCUCGCCCUCGCCUGCCCAGUUGAUCGCAGCAGAAAUUGAAAGACCCGGCUCCGCAGCAGCAGCGGCAGCAGCAGCAGCUGCUGCGGGUGGUGUGGGCGCCCCUGGCAUGCCUCUUGGUGCGCCAGGCGCUGCUCCCGGCUCUGUCCCUAGCGCUGCCCCUGGCGCUGCUGGCGCUGUGGCAGGCCCCCCUGGGCUGGCCAAAAUCCAGAUGGGCGCGGAGGGUCCUCUGGUGUAUGCUGGCAGCCCCGCCCCUGCCAUGGACCUCCCAGGGCUCAACCAACAGGUGGAUUCGUCAGCCAUGCCACAGUCAGCUAACGCUCCUCCUGAUCACGAGAUCAAGGCGCAGGCGGUGGCUCUGUUUGACGACUGGGUGCGGGUGAGCGAGGCGGCGGGCAGCAACGACAAGGCGGUGGUGGUGUUUCUCUCGCAGCUGCAGCACUCCUCGCUGCUCGCCUCAGAGGACGCCGCAGAAAGGCUCUUCCGCACUCUCACAGACAUGGUCGUCGCACACUGCCUCGCCUCCUCCCAGCCUCUCAACCCGCCCCCGCCUGCCGCCCCUGGGAGCGGCCAGGUGCCGCCGGCCCGAGGGCUGAAUUUCACGGCUGUCGACAUGUUCAGCCGCCUCGUGGUGCUGCUUAUCAAGUACUACGUGGAUUUGGGAGGCAAUGCGAAUCUGAGCAAGGUGAAUCUGCUGAACAAGGUGCUGUCGGGCAUGGUGAGGGUCAUCCACCGCCAGGCCGACGAGCGCCGCCUCACCAACCCUCGCCCCUUCUUCCGCCUCCUCGCCAACCUUCUGAUCGACUUGAACGCGCCGGAUCCCAACUUCGAUGCCGCGAGCCACCAGGUGCUCACCACCCUGGCGGCCACCUUCCAUGCUCUGCAGCCCCUUCGAGUGCCCUCGUUCAGCUUCGCAUGGUUGGAGCUCAUCUCCCACCGCUCCUUCAUGCCCAAGCUGCUGCUCUUCCCGGGCCAGAAGGGGUGGCCCUGGUUCCAGCGCCUGCUGCUCUCGCUCUUUAAAUUCAUGGAGCCCUACCUCAGGGAUGCAGAACUCAGCGACCCGAUCCGCCUGAUGUACAAGGGAGCCAUCCGAGUGCUGCUGGUGCUGCUGCAUGACUUCCCCGAGUUCCUCUGCGACUACCACUUCAGCUUCUGCGACAUCAUCCCCCCCACCUGCAUCCAAAUGCGGAACCUCGUGCUCUCCGCCUUCCCCCGCAACAUGCGCCUCCCCGACCCCUUCACGCCCAACCUCAAGGUCGACUUGCUUCCGGAGAUCAGCCAACCUCCUCGCAUAUUGUCAGACGUGGAAGCUACUCUGAGGACAAAGGGGCUUAAAGCCGAGGUGGACGAGUACUUGCAGACGCGCCAGCCGCCCUCCUUCCUCUCAGCCGGCCUUAAGCAGCGCCUGCUGCUGCCGCCCGCUGAAGCCGUGCAGAGCGGCACCAAGUACAACGUGCCUCUGCUCAACAGCCUCGUGCUCUAUGUGGGCAUGCAGGCCAUUCAACAGCUGCAGAGCAAGGCGACCCCACAGCAGCUGGCAGUGCCGACAGCCCCCAUCACCCACAGCGCCCCCAUGGACGUGUUCCAGCGCCUGCUCUCCCACCUGGACUCGGAGGGGCGGUACCUGUUUCUGAACGCAGUGGCGACCCAGCUGCGGUACCCCAACAACCACACGCACUACUUCUCCUGCGUGCUGCUCUACCUCUUUGCCGAGGCCAACCAGGAGAUCGUUCAGGAGCAGAUCACACGUGUGCUGCUGGAGCGGCUGAUUGUCAACCGGCCUCACCCGUGGGGUCUCCUCAUCACCUUCAUCGAACUCAUCAAGAACCCGAGGUACAACUUCUGGAGCCACGGUUUCACGCGGUGUGCACCGGAGAUCAAGAAGCUCUUUGAGUCGGUGGCGCGGUCGUGCAUGGGCCCGCCGCCCAAGAUGGACGAGGACGUGCAUACUGCUGUUCCGCAGCAGGCCUGA